UCACGGAUCAUGGAUCACAGCACGGGUGACCAAUAUCCGGCUCAUCUUCUCUUGGGCUUUACUGUACGCAUAAAUUCUUGUAAAAUCAAAUCCAAGUCCGACCAGUACGAGGAUACCGCAACAAAUUUCAAAGGCCCUUAAGAAUUGGAGAUUUCUUCGCCCCCGGCUUUUCCUUCCCUCCGCCCCUUUCUCCUCCGGCGGCGUCAUCUUCGGUCUGCCAUGGCGACGGGGAACUGUGAUUCGGCUUCAGAUCCACGGCUCUGCUUUUCCAAGAAACGACCGGGAAUCCGUUCAACAGUAGUAAACUCCAUCAGCAAACUCGGGGAGGAUCUCCUCGAAGAAAUUCUGAUUCGCCUCCCGACUCCCAGAUCCGCCUGCCGCUGCAAAGCCGUCUGCAAGCUGUGGCGCUCCCUGAUCUCCAGUCCUCGAUUCAAUCGCCGUUUCGUUUCUCUCCGCCAGGGCAUCAACGAACUGCAACCACCUCUGGUACUUUCCUCAGAAGACCAGCAGUCGAUCAUCGCGAGCUUUGUCCCUACGCCUAGUGUAGGUCAUGAACUGCGUUUCGCAGUCCUGGAUUCCUUCCAGGACUUGCUUCUAUGUGGGUUUCAGAUGCCAGAGGACCUUGAUGACGAAUUCCGCAGGUCGUACUUCGUCUGCAAUCCGUUUACGAAGCAAUGGACCGCCCUUCCUCUGGCGCCUGGUAGGCCGGUGGAGCAUUCGGGAUUGGUCGCGAGGUUAGUUUGUGAGCCCCGAAAUUCUUACAAUCUUGAUAUGGGAGAUGGCCCUGCUGCAGAUGUUGUUUAUUCUGAGUAUCGAUUCCGGGUUGUGUGUGUAUAUAGUCUUACGACGGAGUCUGGUUUUUCUACAAGACUAGACAUAUUUUGUUCCGAGUCUGGAGAAUGGAACAAGGAUACACUUGUUCUUGAUAGGCAUUACUUAGGGGAACACAAAAAUGUAGUUUCCUGCAAUGGAGAGUUGUUCUGGGUGUAUCGUGCUGGAAGAGGUGCCAUUCGGCGUCAUCCUAUGAUUGCCGUGUUCAAUCCUUUCUGCCCAGAUAUACCGCCGGCUUGUAUCGACGAUCCUCAACUCCUUCUGAAACCGUGGUGCGACAUUUCGGUAUCGCAGGGUGCUCUGCACGUAGUUGUAUUCGAUGGCGAACCUGAACUUGGUUGGUCAAUUAUCCCCUCAAGUGUUUGGAGAUUGGAAGAUGACCAUAAAUCUUUUAGCUUAGUAUGUGAAGGGGUGUUCAAGGCAGCUCGUCCCAAGUCUAGCCCCGGAGCUCAACUUGAUGAUUUCUACCUGGAGUUAGAAAGGAGAAUGAGUGCAUCACUUAAGCAGGUUGUGUUACCUUAUCUGCACCCAGAAAAGCCAGAAAUUGUCCUCUUCCAUUAUCUUGAUAUACAGGGUGCUAUCUUGUCCUGUGAUUUGAGGAAGGGAGACCUAGAGUUCCACUCUAAACUAGGAGUACUGCUUUCACCACGCUGGGCACUAUUCCAUCCUAGGGUUUCUUGUUGGCCUAUUCCAAUUCCAAGGUUUGAAGAAUUGCGAGUUAUCUAUGAUGGAAGCUACAACUGUUGGGUUCAGAGCAGCAAACAGAGAACUCCUGCAGUAACUUGACAAACAACUCCCUCAAUUGCUGGUACUUCAUCUUGUCGCAAAGUUCGUUUUUUCUCUUUAGCUGCACCAAUGAAAAUGAGAAAGCCAA